CUCUCGGAAGACGGUACAGUAGUAGAGCCAGAACACAAACCUGGGAGUUCACGCUGAGGAACUGAGAGUUACAGCGUCACUUCACGAAUAUAUUUUUGCAAUGUUUCACUCUAAAUUUAGUUGUACAGCGGUACAUCAAAAUGUCUGUUUUGCCAUGUCGCACGACGAAAUUGAGUUUUUGGGCGUUCCGGUAUAAAUUGGAAUGUUACUGUUUUUCUGAGGCAGUCUCGUCCUCUCCUCAGCUCUGACCUGAACUCACAAGCACUGCCGCAGAGACACAGAGAGGGGGCGUACUUGCUUCCUGUUCUCAGGCAAUACUGAAAGUGAAGAGAAAGGAAUGAAACCGCUGGGACGCGCGUAAAGAAAACAACAACUUGCUGGCAAACGGCACCGGGCCGCGCCGCUAGAAGCCGCUCACGAAAGCUUUUUACACACCUGGCCCCUGCCGGGAAGUCGGGCAAAAUGGCGCUGAGCUCCGGCGGUUGGGCUACGGCUCCCCCGGCGCCGUCUCCCUCGUUCCCGGGCUUCGGGACGUCACAGGCCAGCAGCUGCAGCACGGUGCUGAUGUCGGUGCGGGUGUCAGUGUGCCACUCGGGGAUACGGCCGCUCUGUCUGCCGGGGGCGGGGGACGAAGCCCUCCGCCUGCAGCUCAGCAUGAACCCGGGCCAGCCUGGGCAGUUCCGCCUGGCGCUGAGGGACGCAGGCGACACGGGGACUUGCCGCAGUGUGUCCAUAGCAGAGUUUGACCUGCGCUCAGUGCGGUACGAAUUAAAGUCUCCCCGCUGUCAUGAGCUGUCCUUGGUUGCACCUCCACAUGACCGCAUCACCUUCAACUUCCGGUGUGAGAAGGAGGCACAGGAAUGGGCCACCGUGGUGAUAUCUUCCCUGAGAGAGGCACAGAGGGUGGCAGACAACAAUUCAACUGAAGAGCGGCAGCUACACCUGGAGCCUCUAGAACCCAAGAACUCAGUGUCCUUGCCCCGCACAGAGGAUCUGUGUUUGGAAUUAAUUCGGGCUAUUGAAGCUGGUGACACGCAGGAGGCCUCACAGUAUGCAGCGGCAUUGGCUCGUCAACAGGUUGCGCUCAAGAUCCAACCAUCUCAGAGGAGCUGCAGUGACACUGAGAUCAACCUGGCUGUGGUGGUGGAAGAUUCUUCUUCUUCCUGUUGUGUCACAGUUAAAGUCACCCCCCACAUCACCAUUGCAUCGCUCAAGCAGCAGGUGUUCCUGGACUUUGGAUUCCAUCCACGGGUACAGCGCUGGGUGAUGGGGAAGUGCCUGUGUGCAGAUACACGCUCACUAGCAUCCUAUGGCAUACGGCGGGAUGGCGACACAGCCUUCCUAUAUCUGCUCUCAGCUCGUCAGGCCCGGCUGACCCACCAGCUAUGCCAACAGGACCAGGAAAAUGCCCUACUUGCACUGCCUCCUCCUACCAACGGGCCAAGCAGCAGGUUGGUCUCCCAGGAUUGGCGGCCCUACAGCACAUUGCCUUCCAGGCUUUCCCACAGGGGAACAGGCAACAUUGUGGGUGAAGUAGAGAGACUUGGAAUUGGUGAAAUCCGAGAACUCAUCAACCUGGACAUGCCUCAGCUGAAUGAAGCUCUGGGCCCUGGCACACAGGUGGGAUGGUCCUGUCCUUCUUGUACUUUCAUCAACAAGCCCACGCGGCCUGGCUGCGAGAUCUGCAGCACAGACCGACCCGAGAGCUACACAGUACCUGGGGGGUAUCAACCUGAUGCGCUUGAACUGCGUCGCAUCCAGCAGGAGAAGGAAGCUGUUCGGCAGUACCAACAGGCCAGGGAGGCAGAGCGCAGGGAGAACUUUGCCCGACUGGUGAUGAUGGACGGUCAAGACCUGGUGCCCAACCCAGACAGUGUUGACUGCCGCAUCUGUUACCUGGACCUGCAGCCAGGAGAAGGUGUCCUGCUCAGGGAAUGUCUUCACUGCUUCUGCAAAGACUGCCUACGCUCAGUGAUCCUGUUGUGUGAAGACCCUGAAGUUGCUUGUCCAUAUCGUGACGAGUCAUACGCCUGUGACUGCGUGCUGCAGGAGAGGGAGAUUCGGGCGCUGGUGACUGGUGAUGAGUACGAGCGCUGGCUUCAGCGGGGACUAUUGGUGGCAGAGUCGCAGUGCAAGAGCAGCUACCAUUGUGCCACUCCAGACUGCCAUGGCUGGUGUGAGUACGAGGACACUGUCAACAUCUUCCACUGCCCUGUGUGCAGGAAGCACAAUUGCCUGCUCUGCAAGGCUAUCCAUGAGGGGAUGAACUGUAAGCAGUACCAAGAUGACCUGACAGCACGUGCUGUCAAUGACUUGGCUGCCCGCAGGACACACGACCUUCUGAAGUCCCUGGUACAGUCUGGAGAGGCCAUGCACUGCCCUCAGUGCGGCAUCAUCGUACAGAAGAAGGAGGGUUGUGACUGGGUGCGAUGCACUGUCUGUCACACUGAGAUCUGCUGGGUCACCAGGGGUCCACGCUGGGGUCCUGGGGGCCCAGGGGACACUAGCGGCGGAUGCCGCUGCAACUUCAACAAGCAGAGAUGUCACCCAAAGUGUCAGAACUGUCACUGAGACAGGAAUUGGACAGACAGGCUGACCCAAACAAAUAUUCAGCCAAGUGAGGGAGGGACCUGUUGACACCCUAAGACAGGCAUUGACUAAAUUUUAGUCUGUCAAACUUACUUCUGUGAAUAUAAGCAUCUGGACAAAAGUGAUCCAAACUUGGACACCUGUGCAGUGUUCACCUCUCGUUUAAAAAGCAAUAAUAUUAAAAGCCAUUCAAGGUAGAUUUCACAGAAAUUGAAAAGUGUACUUAAGCUGUUCUUGUUCAGGGCUAACAUAUGUAGUUCACAUAUGUACAACAGAUUACAAAGUGUAGAUUUUUACUUUGUUGUAUUAAAACUUAAGCAGUCUAAUCUCUGAAAUGUUCAUUUACCCACAGUAGUGCUAUCUUGUAACAAGCUUUUUUAUUUAUUAAGGCUUAACCGUGUUUGCUCAGGGACUUCUGGUUUUGCCAAUGUGCCUUACUGGUUGGAAAGAAUAAAAAAAUAAAACUGGCAGGACUCGAUACACUCACCUCAUUUGCAUUAGCAUAGUACAAAGAUUAGAUGUGCUAUAUACUAACAAUACUGAAGUUUAGCCUGUACUGUAGUGUUUCCAUCAUCCAGAAAAGGAAAAAUUUAGUAAUAUGGGAAUAGGUGUAAGGAUGGGCAAUGAUCUUGUGUUAAUUUAUCUCUACUCAUUUGUCAUUUAGAAAUGCUGCUCUAUUUAAACAAGGUAUUUUUCAUAUUCACAUUUUGACCCCACUGUUAGCAGAAAUUCUUGUUUCAUUUGGUUUAUUAGCAUCAAAUUUGUGUAUCAGCAGUAGGUCAAACGGCACACUGUCUGCCCCCCAUGUACUUGAGUGAGUCUGUCCUGAAUGAAGGACAUAUAGCUGUUCAGUACUGAUCCAGUAGAUGAGAACAACAUUUCUCAGACGAGCUGACCUCACCUCACCUGGAGCUGGAGGCUGUUUCAGGCUUACUUGGCAGCUGUUAAACUAGGUGAGUUCCAUGGACUAACUGGCUGAUCUGAGAAUGGGAUGGUUUGGGGAAGGGGUCAUUUUUAGCCAUUCUUGUUUGUUCAUAGCUUUUAUAUGAGGGUCACCAAAAGUCAAGUUGCACUCAGCAGCACUCAACUUGUCCUUAUAAGUGGAUAAAGUAUAAACAGAAUUAAGACCAUGUGUAUUUUUUUUCCUGGGCAAAAUGAUAAAAUAUCUAUCUCAGAGUACAAAAAGCUUUAAUGGUUACAAGAAAGGAUAAAUCUGUUCAACUGCAUGCAGAAAUUUUGCAGGUUGGGAAAAGCACAAGAACUUCACCUCUACACUUGUCAUGUGAUGGUGAUGAUGAGUAAUGGAUUAACACAUAUUGACAGCAGUCAAGUUAGUUUAGUUUGUUGUACAGGAAGUGAGGAAAUUUGUCAAAUUACAUUUUUUGUAAAAUUUUAAAAUUGAGUUCUGUGGAUGUUUUGAGUUUAAUUUCCAUUUUUGUUCAGUUGUGUUCUCCUGGCCCUGAUAAGCUGUUUAAUUUCACUUAAUUUUGUGUUUUAUGCCAAUUUAAGUGGAAAAAAUAAAGUCCAUUCUGAUACCUGACCUCUCAAAGACUGAA